AUGCACCUCGCGUUCAUGAUUUCUACAUUUCAACUGUGCCCCGGAGACAGGGUCGAAGCACGCCCGUCCAGUGUGCUUCUUUCACGACAUGCUCUAGUCCUGGGUGUCUUUCAGUGGUCUUCUAGCCUUAGAAUAGAAGAAGUCGUGUCCGCCACGAACAUCCGCAACGUCCUCCCACGCCUUUUUUUAUUUGAAAUCUGGGACAAACUGAAGGAAAAGACUGACCUAUUCGACUUGACUUUUUUCCCCUUUUGGAUUCUCGGUCCAAUAUAUCAAAGAGGCGAAGAUGUCUUCGUUUCUGUGUAUCUGAUCUCCUCUGCUCUUACUGAACCUACCCACAAAAAGAAAGAAGAGAAAUUUUGCCCCGAGAGAGGCCGCCUUCUCUCAGGCCAGCAGUCUUAUACUUCUAGUCGACUGCUUUAUGACGGGCUUCCCUGUAGUUAUGGCCCCAAAAGCUCUGCUCGCUUCGUCUAG